GUGCGCGCGCUGGUUUUAGCGUUAUCUUCACUGUUAAGCAGACGACAGCGCUGAAAAUAUGAUCACGUUCCGCACACAACAUCUGCGUUAUUAAACCUCGACUACAACAGCAGCUUGGGUGAAAAAUAACCUUCGAUACAUAAAGAGAGAGAGAGAGCUUUUUUGAAAAAAAGAAAUCCACAACAGCUCGGAUAUAUCCGCGAGUCUGCGUUUUCUCUCUCUCGCUCUCUCUCCGCUCUGUGAUCGAUAACAAGAAGUCGUAUGGAGUAUUCUUGGAGAUCGCUGGAUCCAUAGCAACCGAUUUAGCCGGCAUAAUUUAUGGAACUCUUGACGAUAAGGAAGUAAAGUCGUUUGAAAUCGCUGACAGGGAUUUCAGUCCAGUGACGGGCAAGCAAAGAUGGCUGCGCUAGUACAGAGGUUCGUUGGCAAGGUAACCCGGAAGAAGACGGUGGACGACGAAUUCAGAGAGACGUCCCUCCGGCGAUGUCUCAACACGUUCGACAUCACCAUGCUCGGCAUCGGUCACAUGAUCGGGGCGGGGAUAUACGUCCUGACCGGAACCGUGGUUCGGAAGAAAGCCGGACCGUCGACUGUGCUGUCGUACCUGUUCGCCGGGAUAGCGGCCAUGCUGUCGGCGCUGUGCUACGCUGAGUUCGGCGCCCGGGUCCCCAAGGCCGGAUCGGCGUACUCCUACACGUACAUCACGAUCGGCGAGAUCUGGGGCUUCAUAAUCGGCUGGAACAUCGUUCUCGAGCACCUGAUCGGUGUGUCGGCCGUCGCGAGGGCGUGGAGCGGGGCCGUUGACUCCAUCUUCAACGGGGCCAUACGGAACGGGACGAUCUCGUCGAUCGGUUACCUGGCGAAGGAUAGCACGUGGUUCUCCGAGUACCCAGACUUCCUGGCGGCAGCCAUCACCAUCGUCGUGUUCGUCAUCGUGGCCACGGGCGCCAAAUUCUCGAUCCACUUCAACAGUGCCUUCACUGUCAUGAACGGCGUAGUCAUCCUCUUCAUCAUCUGCGCGGGGCUGUACUUCGCCGACGGCCGCAAUUGGACGGAUCCCGGGCGGGGAGGGUUUUUCCCUUUCGGGUUCGGGGGAACGGUCGCCGGAGCCGCUUCGUGCUUCUUCGCCUUCAUCGGGUUCGAGGGUAUAGCUGUUUCCGGAGAAGAGGCGAGAAAUCCCGAGAAGUCGAUCCCGAUAGCGACGGUUGUCUCCCUCGGCGUCGUCACCGUCGUGUACAUGCUGGUGACGGUCAGUCUGACGUUGAUGAUCCCGUACUACCAGACCGAGCCGACGGCGGCGUUUCCUAUGGCGUUCGCCACGUGUGGGGUGAUCUGGGCGAAGUACGUCGUCGCCGUCGGCACCCUCUUCGGCAUAACGACGUCGCUGCUCGGCGGAGCGUUCUCUCUACCCAGGGCCGUGUACGCAAUGGCCGACGACGGACUACUUUUCAGGUUUAUCGCCUACGUCCAUCCUCGCACGCAGACUCCAGUAUGGGCGAUAGCAAUUUUUGGACUCUUAUCUGCUUUGGGGUCGUUUCUAUUUGAAAUCGAAACGCUUGUGGAGUUCAUGUCGAUCGGGACACUGUUCGCGUACACGAUCGUCGCCGCCAGCAUCAUCAUCCUUCGCUACCUGCCCGUGGAGAAGUGCCAGUUCCAGCUGAAACCGGAAGAGGAGCCCGCCGCGCGACCAGAAACGGAAGAGAUGUCGGAAAAGUGCUCCAUCAUGAAGAGGUCGAAGAGUCACGACAGUUUUGGCAAGCUACGGGACCACCUGAAAGACUUGCCCAUCCUGAAGCACUUCGAGCCGGGCAGCUGCGUGACGCUGGCGGUCGUGUUGAUGGGCACCAUGAUCGUCUGCUUCAACGUGACCGUCAUCUACGGGCUGGACUUCCUGAAGGACGCGUCGUGGUGGGCGAUCAUCCUCGUGAUCAUCUUCAUCGGCGGCAUCGUCUUCUUCUAUCUCGUCAUCGUGGCGCAUGAGCAGAACGAUGCGUUCAUGACAUUCCAGAUUCCACUGGUACCACUGCUUCCUACACUGUGUAUUAUAUGCAAUGUUGCGCUCAUGUUCUCACUGACAUACCUCACUUGGAUUCGACUGGGUAUCUGGAUGGCGGCGGGAUUGCUAGUUUACUUUGUAUACGGGAUGCACCACAGUCGUGAAAACCGGACCGCGCCGGGGUACGGACCGAUGGUGGAGUACACGGGUGACGCCAGCCUUGAGGGACCUCUCGCGGGAAUGGACGAGGAUGUACAAGAACAACAGCCGGUCAGACGAGACGAGGGCCUACCGUACGAGUCCUACUAAACGCCGGCCCCGACGUGAACCGAAACACUAAACGCCGGCCGCGACGUGAACCGGAAACAUUGCUCCACGCUUUAGUCUAGUCAUUGCUCGAGGAUGUUAUGUUAAUGUUUUUCAGGGCCGUAGCUAGCAGGGUCGGGGUGGACGUGGGGAUUGUGGAUAGGGGCCUCUAGUGUUUUGUGCCUUCCAUACUCGUUAAAAAUCAGUUUACAAUAUACAGGUUAUUGAUAUUCAAUAACGAUAUUGACGUUUUAAGUAUGUAGCCUCCCUUUAAUGGCUGCAAAAUUGUUUUUCAGAGCAUCUAGAUUUCAAAAUAUCCUGGGGGGGGGGGGGGGGGAGGGCGGCAUAUGCCCCCGGACCCAGUAGUGUCGUGCUCGUUAGUUCCAAAAAUUCAUUUGCACCACACCUAAAAAGACAAUAAAUCCUAGCUACGGCCCUGUUUUUGGUAUAUAUUACGUAAGUUUGCUAGAUUGGCUUGUCCAUGUUUGAAAAACCACAGUCCCAUUGUAGUCACGGUAACACAUUUAUGAUGUACAGGGUAAGAACUUGCGGGGUGGGUUAAGGGGGCAGAGAUGGGAACUUGAAGCUUCACAGGGCGACAUACUUAAAAUACUUGACAGGGUUUUCUAAAAUGCCGUCUGCCAAAUUGGCAGAUGCAAUUUAAAGUGACUGAUCCUGGUUUCUAAACACUACAAAUUAUUUAUCUCUAUUAGAGUUGUUUUUCAUAAUUUAAAUUAGAAGUUACUUCCAUUUUAGAAUAUCUUCUUUUUCUUUUUCGUACAUCCGAAGUGUUUCGGGCCAUCCUGGUUUUUGUGAUACCUAGAAAUAAAUUUUUUACAAUUCUAAAAACGCACGUGCAUCUGAAAAAUAACAGUUGUCGAGUCGAGCUUUAGUCUUAUUUUCAGACGGUAUUCCCCGUUUAAACAACACAGACGUUUAAUUUCACUCUGAUACAACUUUAUCCAGAUGUGUUACAGGUUUGUAGAUUAACGAAACGUGGUGUCCAUUUUUACGGGUUGAAAGUUAGGAUCUGCGUCUUUAAACGUAUUUCAUUAUUAAUUUCUACAAAAGCUUAGUAAAAAAACUCUGCUCGUUUUACACCAACCACCAUUCGGUCUCAGCCCGAGAGGAACGAUCUAUAAAAUGGAGGGGAGGAGUGACACUAUAGUGUGUGUGUUGGAGGAGGGAUGUGGGGGGUGAGGGUGGUGGUGGAAAGACGCAAGCCCUCAGUAUACCAAAAUUCCCUCAAAACCCGAUGUUUUUCACACUUUUUUUUAAAAUAUCGGUAGAGAACAAAAACUCUCAAAACUGGAUACCCCUUAACACCAUUUUUUUAACUUGAUCCUGUGGGUGUCCGGUUUAGAGAAGGGUCUCGCUGUAUGUAGUGACACAAAACAUAAAGGUUUGGGCCUCAAGUGGGGAGGGAUGGGGUUGGAGUAAUACACACCCCUUCCCGCCACCGUUGUUACGGGCCUGUGUCUGACUAAUUGAAACUUCAGUUUGACAACUGCUUUUCUGACAACAGUCGCCAAAUAGCUAAUACUAACAGUUAGGUAGAAUUUAAGUCCCGAGUACACUGACAUGAUUUAUCGGGGUGUGAGUGGGGGUAAAUUAAAAUACGGUAUAGUAAGGGGCGGACCCAGGAUAUAUUUUAACGAGGAGUGUACUAAAGGGGCGUGCCCAGGAUAUAUUUUAACGAGGAGGGUACCAAGGGGCGGACCCAGGAUACAGUUUAACGAGCAGGGUGCCUAAGGGAAAACGGACACCCGGACCAACUCCUGAAAAUGGAAUUUUUUUAAUCUUGGCAUUCGUGAAACGAAAAUUGCAAACAAAUUGUCAAAGUGGCAGACCCUAGUUUUAACCCGUAAAAAAUGGACACUACGUUUGGUUAAUCUACAAACCUCAAACACAUCUGGAUAAAAUUACAACACAGUGAAACAAGAGUCUGUGGUGUUCAGAUGGGGAAAUACCUGUUUAAAAAUAGACUAGAGCUCGUCUCUAUAACCGUUACUUCUCAGAGGUACAUGUGGUUUUAAACAUGAAACACGAAAUUUGAGUUGUAAAAAUUCCAGAAUGACCAAAAACACUUCGGAUGUAUGGAAACGGAUAAGCUGGUCAAUAAAAUCUAGGUAAGCUUAAUGUCUGAUUUAAUUUGACAAAACCUGCUAUAAUAUUGAAAAAUAUGCCGUCAAUUUUUAAAAAAAAAGGGCAUGUGAAUUUUUUUUAUUUUAUUUUUUUUUAUUUAUUAUUAUUAUUUUUUUAAACUUUUUUUUCGGGGGGGGGGGGAGGGUAGUGCACAGGUCUCUCCAUUUAACAUAGCUAUAUCUGUGAUUACUCACACAAAUCAAGAAAUGUAAAAAUGUAGAUUGGGAAGGUUGUGUUUAAAUGACUAAGGGAAAUAACUGUUGUUAAAAGCUUCGUUACGUAGUUACUCCCCUUUCAUGGCUGCCGACUUUUGAAUACAAUUAAGGAUCGGCCUCGAUGGUGUCGUGGUUAUGCCAUCGGACAUAAGGCUGGUAGGUACAGGGUUCGCAGCCCGGUACCGUCUCCCACCUAAAGCGAGUUUUAAAAACUCAAUGGGUAGGUGUAAAGCC